AUGAGGGCCCCUGGGAUCUCCAUGCUCCUGUCCUGGGUGGCAGUCCUGGGCCAGCUGGCCUCCUCAGUCUCCAUCCAGUACCAGGGUGAGCACAUCUGCGGGGGGUCCCUCAUCCAGCCCCAGUGGGUGCUCACAGCUGCCCACUGUGAGGUUUCCAACGAUCUAGCUGACUUUCAGGUAGUCCUGGGCGCCCACUCCCUGAUUAUUCCAGAGUCAACCCAGCAGGUAUUUGGGAUCCUUCGAGCUGUCCCUUAUCCGCUCUAUGAUGCCCAGGCUGACACCAGCGACCUACAGCUGCUCAAGCUCAAUGGCAGUGCAUCGAUGACGCGCUCAGUGAGACCAAUCAGCCUUCCCCGAUGGAAUACAGCAGUUCGCCCAGGGACUCGGUGCUUGGUAUGCGGCUGGGGGGAUGUUCCGGGCCGGGAUGAUCCCACCACUGUACUCAUGGAGAUGUCUGUAGUGGUGAUGGCCCGGCAGGCCUGCAACAGCUCCUGGAGGGGGAACAUCAACCAGGACAUGGUCUGCGCCUCUGGCUCUAGGAAGAGCCAGUUCCAGGGUGUCUGUGGGGGAGACUCCGGGGGACCACUCAUCUGCCGAGGGAGGCUUCAAGGUGUGGUGUCCUUCUCCUCCAAAAUCUGUGGGGAUCCACGCUAUCCUGAUGUCUAUGCUCGCGUCUCCACCUUUGUGGCCUGGAUCUAUGAUGUGCUACAGCAUUAUUGA